UAACUCGUCCGUAAGUACAAUUUUACCCUUCACCACUUGCUUUUUCCCUCUCAAUUACAUGUUUUACUGUGCUUCUCUCUUGCAAAAUCUCUCGUCAGCCACCGCCUGAAUCUCUCUGCGUAAGAACAAUACAAUUUCUCCUCUCGCUUUUCGGUGUGAUCGGUACCUGUAGAAGAAAGAACAAGGAAAUCGGAGGAGAGAACGCGAAAGCGACAACGUUAUGGGGAAUUCAAUUUAGGGUUCUUCCUUUCUUUGUUUUGAUUUGGAAUAACGAAUCCGUAAAAAGAGAAAAAAAGGAAAUUGGAGAACGAAGGCAAUGGCUCCAAGCCGGAAGCGUGGAGCAAAAGGCGUGGGGACAAAGAGCGAGAUGAGUUUGGGCGAUCUCGUCCUUGCCAAGGUCAAGGGCUACCCUCCUUGGCCUGCUAAGAUUGGCAGACCUGAAGACUGGGAGAGAGCCCCUGACCCCAAGAAAUAUUUCGUUGAAUUCUUUGGCACGGAAGAAAUAGGUUUUGUCGCUCCUGCUGAUAUUCAGGCGUUCACCAAUGAGGUAAAAGAUAGAUUGUGUGCUCGUGGCCAAACUAAGACAGUUAGGCACUUUGCCAAAGCAGUGAAGCAAAUCUGCGAAGAGUUUGAAGCGAUACAGAGCAAAAGUUCAAGUAGCUUAGGAGAUGAUAUUGAUAAACAGGAUCUUGGGUGUGAAGCACCUUCAGUUGAGCAAGUGGCAUCAGAGGUUAAUAUAAAAGAUGAGACUGACAGGGAUCUACCUAAUUGGAAGAUAGAGAUUGAAGGACUUGGUGAUCAAGGCUCUGGGUUAGAGCAUUCAUCGCAUAGACUUAGCAAGACAGACUGUCAAGAUACGAAGUUUUCAGUCUCGAAUGAUGUAAAUCCCUCAUCUUUGUAUAGGUAUUCAAAAAAGGGGAAUAAACUCUCGACUUAUGGUACUGAUUUGUCAAAGGAGUCAGUGUCUGCUACCUAUCCGUUAAGGCAUUCCUUUCUUAAGAAGGAAGGUUCUCGUGAUAACAAAAUGGAGCAGAGGCAUUCUGAUGGGGAUCAGAGUGAAUUGACAAAUGGCCACAAAUUAAAGCUGGCAAUUGGGUCAAAGAGGAAACCUGAUGGUACGAAUAUAAUGCACAGAAAUAGUGUGCGAGCUGUUUCAGCCGCAUCUGCAUGUGAUAACUCUGGUCAUCACAUUAAUAUUUCUUGUGAGCAAUCUGGAGAUGGGACGGAAAGAAAAAUUACUUCUGGUGGCAACACAAAUGAUACAUCUGCUGAUAUUUCAAGGUCAAGUUUAGAUGUUGGUAGAAGGAAAGAAAAAAAAUUACUAAAAGAGAAAGAACAUUUUGGUUCAGCAGAUGAUUGUCCGAAGGACACAGAAGUCAAUUAUGAGCGGAAUAAAGUUGAUGUUUCCCGAGAAAAAAUUACUGGUAGGCCCGGAAAACAAAGUUUAAGUUUUCCAAGUAAUGAAGUUCCAUGUCCUACUAAAAGGUCAAAAUUUUCAGAUAUUGCAGGUGAUGCUACCAAGGGGAAAACCCAAACAAACAGAACAAGUGAUUCUCAAAGUACUAAUGUUCUUGAUGACAUCAUAAGUAUUACAGAGCCUAAACGGUUAACUUCAGGAGGGAACACGGAAAAUUGCAAGCCUUUCAGAUUUCAGUCAAGCAUGAAAGAUUCCAAUUCUUGUGGCAAUGAAGAUGAUCUACCCCCAAUAAAGCACUGUUGCGGGGCAUUGGAGGCCAUGUCUAAUUCUUCUUUACACUCUGAAAAUAGAUUGGGAAAUUCCUCUGCUCUUAAAAAAAGCCUUUCUGAUAAAGUCAGAUCCUCAGCUCUACAGUUUCCAGUAAAGCGGAGAGCUGUUCGCCUUUGUGAUGAUGAUUGUGAUGAAGAGCCCAAAACCCCAAUUCAUGGAGGAUGUGCAACUAAGGUUUCUCUUCUUCCAUGCUUGUUGGAUUCUACAAAAACAAUUGAUGUGCCCUGUGAGAGUUCUCUCCAUGAUCAACAAGAGUGGAAUGGUUCAGGCACAGUUGAGGAUGGUUCUAAGGGACUGGUAUCAUCUGCCAUACCCCACAAAGCUUCAUCACCAACUGCUCAGAAAGGCAUCGAGAAGAGAGCUAGAGAAAUAGAUGAUACACAUGUACGUUCUAGCCCUGCUCAAGUAGACUUUACGAAUAUGUCCUCCAGAGAGACUAAACCAGUUGUCUUUUCACCUAUGAGGUCCCCAUGGUCUAUCGCUAGUAGCAAACCUUCAGGGGAACUGCAAAGCAUACACUCUGGCAAGACACCUGUUCAUAUAACUCAUAAAAAAGCUCCAUCCGGAUCCAAUAUUGGCGUCACUUCAAUUUCUGAUGGCUCAAAGUCAUCUCUUAAUCAAACAACAAAUGAAAGAAGCAAGUCAGCUUAUUUGGGGGGGAGAAUGAAAACAACACCAAAAACAGAUUUAGAAGUCAAUGAUUCUGAUAUUCUAGUGGGAAAUCCAGCUGAAAGUAUCACUUUCCUUGGUGAAAGGGUGGUUAUUGGCAAAAAUGCCAAGAUGAGUUCCUCUAUUGAUCUAAAAAUUCUGGACCCAGAUAUGUCUAUGAAACAUCUUAUUGCUGCUGCUCAGGCAAAGAGGAGACAAACUCAUAAGCAGAAUUCUCAUGGGACUCCUCUUGUGACUUCUGAUGUUGAGACACCAGGAACGAGUCCAAGCCCCAGCCCCACUUCACAGGGAAUGAAAGCCAGCAACAUGUCCCAACUGGGUAUAGAAGGAUUACAUUCUUGCUCUUCUUUAACUUCUCCUACCUCUGAUUUUCGUCAAUUUUCAACAAAUAAUCGACAUAACAACGAAGAAUUUGAGGAGCGGAGAGUUAGUUCAGGUCAUCGGGCUGUUGGGGGUUCCCUAAGUGGGGGUACUGAGGCAGCUAUUGCUCGUGACUCUUUUGAAGGAAUGAUAGAGACACUGUCAAGGACCAAGGAGAGCAUUGGGCGAGCAACUCGUCUUGCAAUUGACUGUGCAAAGUAUGGGAUUGCCAAUGAGGUUGUGGAACUUCUUACUCGGAAGCUGGAAAACGAACCCAGCUUUCAUCACCGAGUGGACCUGUUUUUCCUUGUUGAUUCGAUAACCCAAUGCUCUCAUGGUCAAAAAGGAAUCGCAGGAGCCUCGUAUAUUCCUGCAGUUCAAGCAGCAUUAUCCCGUCUCAUAGGAGCUGCUGCUCCGCCCGGGGCAAGUGCUCAUGAGAAUCGUCGUCAAUGUCUUAAGGUCUUGCGAUUAUGGCUUGAGAGGAAAAUCUUGCCUGAAUCUGUUCUUCGUCGCUGUAUGAAUGAUAUUGGUGCAGUGAAUGAUGAUGCUUCUGCUGGGUUUUCCUUUAGGCACCCUUCCCGAGCUGAGCGGGCUAUAGACGAUCCUAUUAGAGAAAUGGAAGGAAUGCUUGUGGAUGAGUAUGGGAGCAACACGACAUUUAAAUUGCAUGGGCUUUUGUCAUCUCAUGCAUUUGAAGAAGAGGAAGAGGAAGAGGAAGAGGAAGACCAUAUCCAGGCUAAUUUGUGCAAGGAAGUUGCAGAUGCAUCACCAUCAGAAGGUAUGCCUGUCAAUGGAGAUCCUGAAAAUUGUGCAGUUACUCCAAGUGACAAGCGUCACUGCAUUUUAGAAGAUGUGGAUGGUGAGCUUGAAAUGGAAGAUGUGUCUGAAAACCAAAAAGACGAAAGACCACUGUCCAAUGAUGGCGCUUUCGAGACUGCUAAAAUUCAGCCAGAUGCAGAUAUGAUUCCGGUGUCAGCUUCAAACAAUUCUUGUGAGUUGUUGCCUCUACCUGAGGGUUCGCCACCAUUGCCUUUUGAUUCUCCCCCUGCAACUCCACCUUUACCCACUUCACCACUUCCAUUGCCACCUCCGCUGCCACCUUCACCAUCUCCAUCCCCACCGCCACAACCACUUCCUUCUUCGCAAAGAUCUCUAUUUCCUCCACCACACAUUGGUCCUUCCUCAUUACUUCCAGCACCGUCGUCGCAUCCACAGCCUUCGUUGAUGUCCCAAAACAUGGCGCGGCUUUCAUCAUCAAUAUCUUCCUCGCUCACGGCAGCAUAUCCACAACCUCCUUUACCAAAUGAAAUUGCUAGCACACCCAUUGGAGGUCAACUUGCUCAAAUGACUACAAAUACUCCUCAUGGGCCUCAUAUUGAUACUUCUGUCAAAAAUGAGGUAUUUUUGCAGCAAUCACUCUGCUUUGCUCCAGCUGGAGUUGGCAAUGCACGAGAACACUCUGAAUAUAAUUUGUCAAGGACCAUAGAAUAUGGACGCAUUGGCUCUUAUAUGGACAUGAAUUCUCGACAACAGCUGUUUCAUCCUGGUAUUCCAUCAUUUGCUCAAAGUCCUCCGCAUCUGAAUCACCCACCCAAUUUUAUCUCAUAUCCAAAAACUGCAGUCCAGCAACACCCGUAUCCCCAUUACUCAUUGCAAAACUUUUCCGAUGGGCCGAGGCAAUAUGCUGCUGAUGAACAGUGGCGGGUGCAAUCAAAUCAGUUUAAUUCUGAUGAUCUGUGCAGUGUUUGGAUGGCAGGGGGGAGAUCUUGCUCAGCUUCACCCUUUCCAAAUGAAGGAAUUUCUGGAUUCCCUUUGGAAAGGCCUCCUAGAAGUACAGUUGGUUUUCACCCCUCUGCCGCUGCCGCUGCCCCUCCCCCUCCCCGGGCACCAAUUGCCUCUCCUAUCUCAGGUCUUACGGCUCCUCAGAUGAUACCUUGGAGACCAGAAAAGUCCACUGUUAACUGGAGGCCAGUAUAGAAUGAGUUUAAAGCCAACUGUCUUUGGAUAUAGAAGGCGGCUCAAGUAGGAUUUGCAUUAAUAAUGCUCCAACUGAAAUUUUGAAUUAGCACAAAAAGGAAAUUGUUGAUCAGUGGAUACCCUUUGGCAGGACUGUGUAUGUUAGAAUUUUUCCUGACAAAUGCAUCCGACAGACAUAUACUUGUAAGUUUAAGCCCCUUUUGUCCAACUAGACUAAUACUUGUAUUAUGAUACAUGUCUCAAACAUGGUUUUGUUGGAGGUACAGUUUACAAAGUCGUACCGUUUUUCUAUCCACCUUACCCCUUUUUUCUUCUGAGUUAAAUCUGGUAUGUACAGUGACGUGUACAAGUAAAUAGCAUUUUGAUACAUGUAAAUUAUUUAUUCUUACAAUAUUAGUCAAUAUACUUCCUUACGAAGGUAGUUUUUCUUGGCACCAAAAGAGGGAAAAGCCAAUCA